AUGCUUAACUGCAUCUUGUGAAAUCUAGGUGAUAGGUCAAUGUAGUUAAAUUAUAGAAGAUAAUGUUGUACAGCUUAGCAGAUUCCUUCAAUUAUUGUGGUGAAGGCAAGAUUGUGGAGGUUUUCCUUUAGGUGUUUGUUUAUCUGGGCUCAAAAUUACGAAUUGGAGCCGAAACCAGAAAAAUGCCACGGGGAAGGAUAAGGGCCAGGCUUCGCAGCAGUCUGUACACAUUUGGAUGCAUUAGGCCACCUGAUGUUGAAGCAGACAUACCACAUCAAUUCCAAGGCCCCGGAUUUACACGAUUUGUGAACUGCAACCAACCUCAUCUCCACGAAAAGAAACCUCAUAAAUACUGCUCGAAUUAUAUAUCAACAACAAAGUAUAACUUCUUCACAUUCCUGCCUAAGGCCAUCUUUGAGCAGUUCCGCCGUGUUGCCAACUUAUAUUUCCUCCUUGCUGCAAUUCUGUCACUCACACCCGUCGCCCCAUUCUCAGCUAUAAGUAUGAUUGCUCCUCUGUCCUUCGUGGUUGGGCUUAGUAUGGCAAAGGAAGCUUUGGAAGAUUGGCGGAGAUUUAUUCAGGAUAUGAAGGUCAAUAUGCGAAAGGCUAUCAUCCACAAAGGUGAUGGUGUUUUUGGUCUUAAGCCAUGGAUGAAGAUUCGGGUUGGAGACGUGGUGAAAGUGACAAAGGAUCAAUUUUUUCCUGCGGAUCUACUUCUUUUAUCAUCAAGUUAUGAUGAUGGGAUUUGUUAUGUGGAGACUAUGAACUUGGAUGGAGAGACAAACUUGAAGGUAAAGAGAGCUUCGGAGGUAACCUUACCCUUGGAUGAUGAUCUGACUUUCAGGGACUUCACUGGAACAAUUAGCUGUGAAGACCCCAACCCCAGCCUUUACACCUUUGUGGGUAAUCUUGAUUAUGAUCAUCAGGUUUAUCCUCUUGAUCCUAGCCAGAUUCUUCUUAGAGAUUCAAAGCUCAGGAAUACAGGUUAUGUGUUUGGAGUGGUGAUAUUUACUGGUCAUGAUAGCAAAGUCAUGCAGAAUGCAACAAGGUCUCCUUCAAAAAGGAGCACGAUUGAAAAACAGACAGACAAAAUCAUAUACUUCCUUUUCACCCUCCUUGUGUUGAUCUCGUUGAUCAGCUCCAUAGGUUUCUCUGUAAAGUCUGAGUUUGAAGUGCCAGACUGGUGGUACUUGAAACCCCAGAAUCCGUCAUCAAUUUUUAAUCCGGAAAAGUCCGCCUUGACGGGAUUUUUCCAUUUGGUUACUGCUCUUAUCCUGUAUGGAUAUUUAAUACCCAUCUCGCUUUAUGUUUCAAUUGAGGUUGUGAAGGUCCUGCAGGCAAUGUUCAUUAACAACGAUAUACAUAUGUAUGAUGAAGAGACUGGAACUCCUGCUCAAGCACGGACAUCAAAUAUAAAUGAGGAGUUAGGUCAGGUUGACACAAUCCUCUCUGAUAAAACUGGCACUUUGACAUGCAACCAGAUGGACUUUCUCAAAUGUUCCAUUGCUGGUACUGCAUAUGGCAUGCGUUCUAGUGAAGUUGAAGCCGCAGCUGCGAAGCAGAUGGCUAAUGAAUUUGAUAGGCAGGUCUCGGAAAUUCCAAGCAAUGCUAUCGACAAAAAAAGUGCACAUAGUUUCUGGGAAGACAGAGGAACUGGUCUCGGGGCAUCAGAAAUUGAAUUGGAAACUAUCAUUACUUCUAAAGAUGAAAAGGAUCAGAAACCUAUGAUCAAGGGGUUUAGCUUUGAGGACAGCCGCCUCAUGAAUGGAAAUUGGAUGAAAGAGCCCAAUGCAGAUGUCAUUUUGUUAUUUUUUCGGAUACUUGCAGUUUGUCACACCGCGCUUCCUGAGCUAAAUGAGAAGACUGGAAGCUUCAACUAUGAAGCUGAGUCACCAGAUGAAGGAGCUUUUCUUAUUGCAGCAAGAGAAUUUGGCUUUGAGUUUUGUAAAAGAACUCAAACAAGCGUAUUUGUUCGUGAAAGAUAUCCUUCUUCUGAAAAGCCAGUUGAAAGGGAGUUCAAAAUUCUCAAUCUGUUGGAUUUCAGUAGUAAAAGAAAGCGAAUGUCCGUCAUUGUCCGGGAUGAGGAGGGAGAGAUUCUUCUCCUGUGCAAGGGUGCAGAUAGCAUCAUCUUUGAUCGCUUAUCAAAGAGUGGAAGAAUGUUUCAGGAAGCUACCACAACCCAUUUGAAUGACUACGGGGAAGCUGGGUUGCGUACGUUGGCACUUGCUUACAGAAAGGUUGAAGAGUCAGAGUAUUCUGCUUGGAACAAUGAGUUUCUUAAAGCAAAGACUUCCUUUGGUGGUGAUAGAGAGGCAAUGCUUGAACGGGCAUCUGAUAUGAUGGAAAGAGAUUUGAUUCUUGUUGGUGCAACUGCUGUGGAGGACAAACUGCAGAAAGGAGUGCCUCAGUGCAUAGAUAAACUGGCACAAGCUGGUCUCAAGAUCUGGGUUCUUACUGGAGAUAAGAUGGAGACUGCCAUCAACAUAGGAUUUGCAUGUAGUCUGCUUCGACAGGGCAUGAAUCAGAUCUGUAUAACAACAAUGAAUGCAGAUAUGUCAGCCAAAGAUCCCAAAGAGGCUAUGAAAGAGAACGUUUUGAUGCAAAUCAUCAAUGCCACCCGAAUGAUCAAGCUCGAAAAGGAUCCUCAUGCUGCAUUUGCCUUAAUUAUUGAUGGGAAAACCCUAACUUACGCUUUAGAGGAUAAUAUGAAGCAUCAAUUCCUAAAUCUAGCAGUUGGUUGUGCAUCGGUCAUAUGCUGUCGUGUCUCUCCGAAGCAGAAAGCUCUGGUAACAAGAUUAGUGAAAGAAGGAACUCGAAAAACCACCUUAGCAAUUGGUGAUGGUGCAAAUGAUGUUGGAAUGAUUCAAGAAGCAGAUAUUGGUAUUGGUAUCAGUGGGGUGGAAGGAAUGCAGGCUGUGAUGGCUAGUGACUUUUCUAUUGCACAGUUUCGGUUUCUAGAGACUCUUCUAGUUGUCCAUGGACAUUGGUGCUAUAAGAGAAUUGCUCAGAUGAUAUGUUAUUUCUUCUACAAGAACAUAGCUUUUGGCCUCACAAUUUUCUACUUCGAGGCAUUCACAGCCUUUUCCGGCCAAGCGGUGUAUGACGAUUGGUACAUGCUGCUAUUCAAUGUUGUUCUUACCUCAUUGCCUGUCAUUUCGCUUGGUGUCUUUGAACAAGAUGUUUCUUCGGAUAUAUGCUUACAGUUCCCAGCAUUGUAUCAGCAAGGACAGAAGAACUUGUUCUUUGGCUGGUACAGGAUAUUGGGGUGGAUGGGAAAUGGUAUUUAUUCCUCCCUGGUCAUUUUCUUCCUCAACAUUAGCAUCUUUUAUAACCAAUCCUUCCCGAGGGAAGGCCAUACUGCUGACAUGGCUGCUGUGGGUACAACUAUGUUCACUUGCAUCAUCUGGGCUGUAAACUGCCAGAUUGCGCUCAUAACGAAUCACUUCACAUGGAUACAACACGUCUUUGUCUGGGGCAGCAUCACUUCUUGGUACUUGUUUCUUUUCCUAUAUGGCUUGCUGCCUCCAAUUUAUUCCGGGAAUGCCUACGUAAUCCUUCCAGAGGUUCUUGCUCCCUCUCCAAUAUACUGGUAUACCACCAUUUUAGUAACAAUUGCUAGUAAUCUUCCAUACAUGGUUCACAUAUCUUUUCAAAGAUCUUUCAAUCCGUUGGAUCAUCAUGUCAUCCAAGAAAUCAAGUACUACAGGAAAGAUGUGAAGGAUCGACAUAUGUGGAGAAGAGAACGGAAGAAAGCAAGACAGGAGACCAAAAUCGGUUUCACAGCAAGAGUGGAUGCGAAGAUCAGGAACUUGAGAGGGAGGCUGCAGAAGAAGCAGUUAUCUAUUAAUCCCUCUGGUUUGCCCUCAUUGUAAUAGCGCCAUUGUUUUUUUAGUUCUUUUAUAUAGUUUUUUAGGGUCUUGGUGUUUGCAUUUCUACUUCUUUGUGGCCCUUUCCCAAUUCAUAUAUUGGCAGUUUUUUUGUGUGGUUUCAGUGGUUUGUAGAUGCCCAUUCAUCAAGCCAGAGUAUUAAAGCUGUUGUAUGUAAAAAAAAGAAAUUCAAAAGAUUUGAUUAUAGCUAGUGAAAAUAGUCCAUGUCUAGCUGCCUUAUCUCUGGGUAUGUACUGGACCAAUAUACACCUUUUUGUACCCUUAAAGCAUGAAAGCUUUGCAGCUAUAAUCCAACCCCUGAUUUGCUCUCUUUGCCAUAAUAAAGUGAAGACGCUCCCAGAUUGAGCUUGUGCAUUGGAUCAAGAGUGCAAA